AUGACCCCAUCGACCAAACCGCUCCCUUACACCGCAAACCCAAUCCUCCUCAUCAUCAACGACCUUUGGCUCUUCGGCCAAAUCACAUUCACUUGGCCCAUCACCGCGGGUUUGCCCAGCAUCAUUUGGCCUCCAACACCCACUCGAUCCGGGUCCCUUGACGAACUAGCAUUCACCGCCGCCAACGCCUGGGCAAUUGCUUUGCAUGCAUUUUUAGGAUUAGCACAGUUUGUUUUUCUCGUGUCCCUGGUGCCGUUGGCAUUCACCCCAUUGUCGGUCUUGUAUUUCUCGUAUAUCGUCGCCUUCGUGCUAGGGAACCAGUGGUUUACCAUCUUGCUAAACGGGUGGAGGAAGCAUGGCUUGCUCGAGUCAAAUCCGAAAUGCAUCGAGGGGAAAGCUGUGCAUGAACAUGAGAAAUGGGUUUUCAUCAACGGCGUCGCUGUUGGGAGUCAUUGGCUUCAAUCAAAUCUCGACCGUCUUGCUAUGACUUUCAGACGUCCAGUAUAUGGCAUACAUAAUCAAACUCGUGGAAUCAUCUUCGAUGUUCUCGAAUGCAUCAUCCAGCGCGACCUAAGCUAUCCAACCCUCGACAUCCGACAAGCGUACUCCGAACUAGUAAAAAUCCUCUCGGACUCCGAUGUGCACAAACUUGUCUUGAUCCUGCACAGCCAGGGCGCCAUCGAAGGAGGCAUGGUUCUCGAUUGGCUCUACACGACAGUUGCCGCCGAACAGCUUCAGAAACUAGAGAUCUACACGUUCGGAAAUGCCGCAAAUCACUGGAACGCUCCCGUGAUUUCAACGCUGGGUGACGGUGGGGAAAGGGGAGAAAACGGAGACAAUGCGAAAGAUAGGAUCGUAAAGCAUAUUGAACAUUACGCCAAUACGCGCGAUUACGUAUCGCGGUUUGGAAUUCUACAUUUUCGACCUGACCAGGCACCUGCUUCACCUCCUGUGUCUAGAACCGCGACGUCAACAUCACCAGGGCCUGCCUCUUCUUCAUCCACCACCACCCUCGUUAAUGGCCCUAUCAAAUCAAUCUCAGUCUCAAGCUCAGGAACCCGCAAACGCCUCAAACUCACCACAUCAGACCCGUCAACCUCAGCGCCCGCUCUCGCAGCUCCGUCUCCCAAAACACCCAUCGAGCGUCUCAACCCUUCCGCCCAAGACGACAACCGCUUCGUCGGCCGUCUCUUCAAGCGCCUUGGCUCCGGCCACCAGUUCAACCAGCACUACCUGGACAACAUGUUCGAGAUGGAAGGUGUCGAUCCACAUGAUUUGUCUAAAGGUUACGUUAAAGGUGGCAAUCCUUACAUGGAUAUGCCGGUUGAUAUGGAGGUUUUUGACGAGUGGGAUACCGUCCAGUACGCUACCGCCGAUGUGCACGGGAGUGUGGGGAAUGGAGACAGGCCUGGGAGCAGUAUUGGUCAGAAAGAGAGGGUGAAGAGCGUUAAAGAGCUAAGUCGGCUUUGGGGUUAUAGAAAUGGUAUGAACCCAGAUGAGGAGGGCAGCAAGAAGCAAUGA